GAUUUUGAUGGAGCAACGUGAUUAUACGUAUUCAUAUUCGAUUGUGAACCGUGAAAUAUAACAAUGGCGAAACCACGAGCAAAAUGCGAUAAAAACAAUCCAGUUAAUACUUCCACAAUAAAAAUACUCAAGAAACAGCAAUAUCAAUGUGUAAAGUGCUUGUGGAUCUUUAACAGGUUUUUUAAUGCUAGGCGUCACUAUGAGCGUUUCCAUUUGCCGAAGGAGUCGAUAAUAUGUAAGAAAUGCGGAAAAGGAUUUUCGCUGAAAUGGGAUUAUCAUAUGCACCGAGAACGGGUCCACAAAAUAAUUAAACAUUAUGGAAAGCGUACACUUUUGCGAAGAAAGAAUGCAACUUUUGCUAAGAAACAUCAGUUAGAAGCGUUUAAACGAAACGUUCCAGUAGCGCAGCCGAUUGAAAACAUUAUCAAUCCACUUUGGAUAUCAAUGAAGAAGUACUACAUAAAGCGAUGGAACGAAGAAAAUCAGCAGAAGGCAUUGUCGAGCGAAGAAAACCAGCAGAAGCCGAUUGAAAAUGUUUAUGACAUUGAUAAUAGAGUAAAAAACACUAAAUUCUCAACAUUGAACGACAUAACAAACAUAUCUCUUAAUUUAGUCAUAGCUAGAAAAGAUGCACAGCAAGCAUCUACUUACAAUGUUACAUCAGUGAACAAUCUAAUGGCGACAUUAAGCUCUAAGAUUAACUUUUAAGUUUAUAAU